AUGGAGUCCGUGUCACGCAUACAUCACUGCGGGGUUGGUGAACCAAGCAUUAUUGGUGAACAAAAUUUCGACAUCUUCCCGGAUUACCGGCAGUCCUUCCGCUUAACCAACAGUAUCGUUAAGCCUCAGAUGACAAAGAAUGUAUCCCAGGCUCUAGGGGUGAUUGUGGAAUACAGACUAACAGCUCCAGCCUCUCACAGAGACAUGUCACACAAAGGAGGAGUUCCAGGAACCCCGCGUAUACCACCACUGCACACACUGGUAUACAGACCCCCUUUGAGUAUUCCUGAUACACCGGUCAACACUGCAGCUGAGACAGACGGGUUGAACGGUUACCGAUGGCUUUGUUCUCGUGCUUUGUUUCCUUGCAUGCCUAGGGAGAGGGCGAUUGGGAUCGUCCUUUCAUCGUGUGUCGUCCUGAUUUGGAAGAAAGGAGUCGGAGCUAGAGCCCGACCUUUAGGCCACUGCCUACUAGUUGCUGGUUACGCGGGGUGCACAUGCUCUGCCCCUUCUCUAAAUCCUUUCUCUUGCAUCGUCUGUGUUUUCCACGAACUAUUUCUGCUAGCAAGCCUCUCUCCCAUCAUAUUUUCAGACAGCGACGAAAGGCAAGGGGGGGCGUUAUGUGUUACAAUCUUGCGACUCUGGAGAUUCGCAAGAAAUAAUCCAGAUGAGAGGAUUGACGCUAAUCUGGACUCAGAUCAAUUAGAGGAUACUGCAUAUUUCGUGCAUGGCUGUUUGGAACAUUCUUUAGUGGUGCUUAUUGGGGAUGGAGACGAUGAGGAGCUGCCUGGGAGAGUUAGUGUUUGCUGGACUUCUAUGCUUUCAAGACCGACGCUCCAGCGUGUGAAAUGA